AAUCCUUAACUGACAGCAAGAAUGCGACUACGUAACUGCCUAGACAUGCAUGACCCUGAAUUUCAGCUGAAACUUCCAAAAAUUAAUGAAGCUCAAAAACAGCCAGAACUGAAAUUAAGCAUGUUUGAUUUGUGAACAUCUGAGCAGUCAACAACCAACUAGACUGACUAAAACCAUUGUUAAUGCACCAAAAAAAUGGAUAAAUAUGCACCUUAGGGUAACCACACAGUAUAGGUUUCACCUCUAUGGGUUCCAAGGUAAGACAAUGUUAGAAAUAAGCAUUCACACCUU